CCUUAGCGGAAUUCGAUACCACAACAGGCAACACUGAGCGAAACAGCAUUUUCUUUUUUUGUUGUUGUGUUGGAGCAAGUGGCAGUGUGGGGUAAUUUAUCGCGUUUUGUGUCAGUUGGUACGCUUUGCAUAGCUGCUAACGUCGCUAGCACCGUAAAGCUCGCCGGUGCCUCAACGUGACGUGGCUCAGGCCAUCAUAGCAGAACUCGGGAUACUCUUGUUCAUUCAUCGUUUGGCUGCAUUAACGUGCAGCAAAACAACUACACAAAAUGGUGCUGCUUGCAGCUGCUGUCACAACAAAGGCUGGGAAAGCCAUCAUCUCUCGCCAGUUUGUGGAGAUGAGCCGUGCCCGUGUAGAGGGAUUGCUGGCAGCAUUUCCCAAGUUGCUCGGUGGCGAAGGAAAACAGCACACAUUCGUUGAAACGGAGAGUGUGCGGUAUGUUUAUCAGCCACUGGAGAAGUUGUUCGCCCUCCUGGUCACCACACGCAACAGCAAUAUUCUUGAGGACUUAGAGACACUCAGGCUGUUUUCACGGCUGAUUCCAGAGUACUGCAAGAACAUGGAUGAGCAGGACAUCAUCGAUAAUGCAUUCAACCUCAUCUUUGCAUUUGAUGAAAUCAUUGCCCUUGGAUACAGGGAAAGUGUCAACCUUGCACAAAUUCGUACAUUCGUGGAAAUGGACUCACACGAAGAGAAAGUGUUUCAGGCUGUCAGACAGACGCAAGAACGUGAAGCUAAACAAAAAAUGAAGGAAAAAGCUCGCGAACUGCAGAAGGCACGGCAGGAGGCUGGAAGAAAGGGGGGAAGUCGUGGUGGCGCAGGUCCACCACCGGGCUUUGGCUUUGGCAGCGGAAUGGGGUCUACUGCGGCAUCUAUGGUAGUAUCUGACAGCAUGGGAGCUUCGGGAGAGCCACAGAAGCCAUCCUACCUGGCCACUGGGCGCUCUGGAGGUCCGACGAAGGCUUUAAAGCUGGGUAGUAAACAAAAGGAAUGGGACACCUUUGCUGACCAGCUCAAACAGGAAGGGGAGCACAUUUCAAGUCCAACAGGUUCCAAGUCUCCCACGUCGUCUGCCAAAAGUGCUAUAUCCUCGCCUGCUACACCACAAGAGGCGGUAUGCCUUAACGUUGAAGAAAAGGUCACUCUCGUGGCCCUGAGAGAUGGAGGCCUACAAAACAUGGAAGUGCAUGGUCUGGUCCAAUUGCGCAUCACGGAGGAACAAUUUGCCCGUGUCAAAAUUCUUCUUGACACGCGCGAUGACAAGGGUGUGCAGAUCCAGACACACCCAAAUAUUGACAAAGAACUCUUCAAGUUGAGAAAUCAGGUGGCCUUGAAGAACCCCUCAAAGCCCUUCCCACUCAACUCUGACGUUGGUGUCCUCAAGUGGCGCUUCCAGACACAAGACGAGAAGUUUGUACCACUCUCAAUCAACUGCUGGGUAUCCGAAGUUGGCAAUGGAGGGUGUGAUGUCAACAUUGAGUAUGAACUUGAGCAAGAACAGCUGGAGCUCAACAACGUUGUGAUCAGCAUUCCUCUUAUGUCUGGGAGCGGUGCACCUGUCGUGAAUGAGUGUGAGGGUGAAUACCACUAUGACAGCCGCAGAGGAAUACUGGAGUGGCAGCUGCCUGUAAUAGAUGCUGCCAACAAGUCUGGAGCCAUGGAGUUCUCAGCCCAAGGAAGGCCGAAUGACUUUUACCCUGUCACUGUAAACUUCGUCUCCAAGACCUUGUACUGUGACAUAAAGGUUUUAGAUGUUGUCGGUGUGGAUGAUGAAUUACCAGUGAAGCAUUCCUUGAGCACCUUCUUCCUCGUAGAGAAAUAUGAAGUCAUCUGAUAUGUACAAAAGUUUUCAUUGGCAUACCUGCUCGGAAUUUUCAGCUCUGUACUAUGUUUUCUCAUUUUAAAAAAAUAAAAAUCUGGUAAGCAUUCUGUA